AUGGUUUCAAGCUCGCCGUAUCCUCUGAUCCAUAUUCCUAACGUUGAUCUGUGGGAAUUUCUGUUCGAACGUCAAGAUAGAGAAUGGCCCGACACCCAAACAAUCUAUGUCUCUCCCGACGAAGGACGGGUGUCUACAUUUUGUGAUGUUAAAGCAGAUGCCUUAAGGUUUGGUGCUUCUCUCGUGUCUUCGUGGAACUGGCAAAAAGGCGACGCUCUUAGCUUAUUUCUUUUCAAUUCCAUCCAUACCCCAGCGCUGAUAUGGGGCUGUCACUGGGCCGGAGGCGUUGUGGUGCCAUCAAGUCCAACGUGCACCGCAAGAGAAUAUGCCUUUCAGUUAGUUGACUCACGAGCAAAAGCCAUCGUUACCUCGGAGUCUCUUCUGCACACUGUGGUGAAUGCUGCCUGGUUCGCCCGUAUCCCCAAGGACAGAAUCCUGGUCGUGGAUGAAAGGACUAUUGGCGACUCCUACUUCAGCCGACCCUCUGAUAUACAGCAGCAUGACACUCCUGACGCCGUACUGAAACGACAUGUGAGGCUUGAUCCUACCCUAGACCAUGCCUUUAUAUGUUAUACCUCCGGCACAACGGGCUUGUCUAAAGGGGUUGCAUUAACUCACACCAACAUCAUCGCCAACGUCCUCCAGAAUCGGGCUUGUGAUGCGGAUUACUUGACGUGGAACGGAGGAGCAGCCGAUGGUCGGCCCGACAGAAUCAUGGCAUUCCUUCCGUUUUAUCAUAUUUACGGUCUCACUGCUCUCGUCCAUGUCGCCAUGUUCGCUGGACUUACCGCUGUUGUGAUGCCAAGUUUCGACUUGAAGAAGUUCUGCGAAUACGUUGAGAAGUACCAAGUGACGUUCUCUAACGUAGUACCUCCAGUGGUGCUACUUCUUGCAAAGCACCCUAUCGUUGAAGAGUACGACCUGAGUUCACUGAAAAUGCUAAUGAGCGGUGCCGCACCGCUCACAAAGGAUCUCGCUGAAUCCGUAUAUCAUCGGAUUGGAGUCCCCAUCAAACAAGGCUAUGGCCUCACAGAAACCAGUCCCACCACCCAUCUCCAGUCUUGGAAUUCCUGGAACCUAUACGGUUCAAUCGGCCAGUUGCUACCGAACCAAUUGGCCAAGUACGUCGAUUUACACGGCAACGAAGUUCCAAAGCGUCACAUUGGAGAACUAUGGAUCAAAGGACCGAACAUCUUCCGCGGGUAUGUGGGAAAUCCCUCUGCCACUCGGGACGCCUUUUCUCCCGAUGGCUUUUUUCGAACAGGGGAUAUUGGCUACGAGGAUGAGCAAGGGAACUUUUUCAUCACUGGCAGAAUAGGCGAAAUAUUCAAGGUCGAUGGCUACGACGUAUCACCUGCGGAGCUUGAAGGUCUCCUGCUUGGGCACCCGAAAAUCAAUGAUGUUGCUGUAAUGGGCAUCUACGAUGGCGAAACGUGCACAGAGCGCCCACGAGCCUAUGUUUUUCCCGUCUCAGGCGUUCAUCCCACUCCGGAGAUAGAGAGAGAGAUCUUCGAUUGGCUCAACGAGCGGGUGUCGUCUCAUAAACGGCUGACUGGUGGCAUAAGAUGGGUGAUGGGAAUCCCGAAGACCAGCAGUGGGAAGAUUCUUCGUAGAGUCUUGCGCGAUAUGGUGGAGGGAGCAGAGAAAAUCAGACCUCAGGUGUAG